CUGUCUAUAGGGCUGGAGAAACGUGUCAUGAUUUUUACUGUGCUCAUCAAUUAUUUGUGAAACCAGAAUUCAGCAUGUCAAAAAAGGAUGCAAAUGUCCAUCAAUCUCGUAAAGACAUCACUUUGGUGUUGCUGGGAAUAAACAGCGAAGACAAGUGUAUGAUAGGCAAUGCAAUCGUCCAAGAAGAUUGCUUUGGGGCUGAAACGGAAACGCAAGGGAGGCUGAAACAAGGAGAUGAUCAAUUCAUCUUUGUUAUCAACACUCCAGAUAAAUUGGACUGGCUGACCUCAAAACCAAAAGACACCAGAGAAGAACUGAAGCCAUCAUAUGCAGGUCCACGUGUGUUUCUCUUGGUACUGCAGGGGGGCACACAGAUAAAAAAAGAAGCAGGGUUGUUCCGCCUAAUGAAAGAGAAAUUUGGAGAGACAAUGGUAGAAAACACAAUCAUUAUGCUGAUUAGUGAAAGAGAGGAACGCUUUAAAGAGGCUUAUGAGCGAGCUGAUGAAAACCUCAAAAAACUUCUGGAUGAGUGCAGAAAUAGAGUUUGUAUUCAUGAUAAAAAUAAAGGCAUGAAAGAUCCUGAGCUGAUCAAACAGAUUAUGAAGAUAUGGGAUCAAAUGCAGAAGCAGGAUCAGGAAUCAACCAACACUGCAUCUGGUGAUGACAAGUAA